AGGCGGACGCGCAAAGCCGGGGGCGAGCGCGGCGGGGCGCGGCGGGGCGGACUGGCCCCGAUGAGGCGUAAAGAGAAGCGGCUCCUGCAGGCGGUGGCGCUGGCUCUGGCGGCCCUGGUCCUCUUGCCCAACGUGGGGCUCUGGGCUCUGUACCGCGAGCGGCAGCCCGACGGCAGCCCUGGGGGAUCGGGGUUGGCAGUGGCUCCUGCGGCGGUACAGGAAUCACACAGCCGACAAAAAAAGCCAUCUUUCUUGGGAGGUGACCAGAAGCUGAAGGACUGGCACAACAAGGAAGCCAUCAGGAGGGAUGCACAGCGCGUAGGAAAUGGCGAACAGGGGAAGCCUUACCCCAUGACCGAUGCUGAGAGAGUGGACCAGGCAUACCGAGAAAAUGGAUUUAACAUCUACGUCAGUGAUAAAAUCUCCCUGAACCGCUCCCUCCCCGAUAUCCGGCACCCAAACUGCAACAGCAAGCACUACCUGGAGACACUCCCCAACACCAGCAUCAUCAUCCCUUUCCACAAUGAGGGCUGGUCCUCACUGCUGCGCACCGUUCACAGCGUGCUCAACCGCUCGCCCCCAGAGCUGGUGGCGGAGAUCGUGUUGGUCGAUGACUUCAGUGACCGAGAGCACCUGAAGAGACCACUGGAGGACUACAUGGCCCUUUUCCCCAACGUGAGGAUUCUCCGGACCAAGAAACGGGAAGGCCUGAUAAGGACCCGCAUGCUGGGGGCUUCGGCCGCCAUCGGAGAUGUCAUCACAUUCUUAGAUUCACACUGUGAAGCCAACGUCAACUGGCUCCCCCCUUUGCUGGACCGCAUCGCUCGGAACCGAAAGACCAUUGUGUGCCCAAUGAUCGACGUCAUCGACCACGAUGACUUCCGGUAUGAGACACAAGCCGGGGACGCCAUGCGCGGUGCCUUCGAUUGGGAAAUGUAUUACAAACGAAUCCCCAUCCCUCCAGAGCUGCAAAAGGCCGACCCCAGUGACCCAUUUGAGUCUCCCGUGAUGGCUGGAGGGUUGUUUGCUGUGGACCGGAAGUGGUUCUGGGAGCUGGGCGGAUAUGACCCCGGCUUGGAGAUCUGGGGAGGGGAGCAGUAUGAGAUCUCCUUCAAGGUGUGGAUGUGUGGGGGCCGCAUGGAGGACAUCCCCUGCUCCAGGGUGGGCCACAUCUACAGGAAGUAUGUGCCCUACAAGGUCCCUGCUGGAGUCAGCCUGGCCCGGAACCUGAAGCGGGUGGCGGAGGUCUGGAUGGAUGAGUACGCGGAGUACAUCUACCAGCGCAGACCCGAGUACCGCCACCUCUCAGCCGGGGAUGUCGUGGCCCAGAAGAAGCUCCGAGGCUCCCUCAACUGUAAGAGCUUCAGGUGGUUUAUGACCAAAAUUGCUUGGGACCUGCCCAAGUUCUACCCACCUGUGGAGCCCCCGGCUGCAGCAUGGGGGGAGAUUCGCAGUGUGGGCACAGGGCUGUGCAUUGACACGAAGCACGGCACUUUGGGCUCCCCUCUGAGGCUCGAGACCUGCGUUCGGGGCCAUGGGGAGGCUGCCUGGAACAGCAUGCAGGUCUUCUCCUUCACCUGGAGGGAGGACAUCCGGCCUGGAGACCCUCAACAUACCAAGAAGUUCUGCUUUGAUGCCGUCUCCCACACCAGCCCAGUUACCCUCUACGACUGCCACAGCAUGAAGGGCAACCAGCUAUGGAAGUACCGCAAGGACAAGACCCUGUACCACCCUGUGAGCGGCAGCUGCAUGGACUGCAGUGAAAGUGACCACAGGGUCUUCAUGAAUGCCUGCAACCCCGCCUCCCUCACGCAGCAGUGGCUCUUUGAACAUACCAACUCGACCGUCUUAGAGAAUUUCAACAGAAACUGAGUCCUCAAACCACCUCCUGUCAAGGCCCUCAGGUUGCUAUGGAGCUCACAAACCUUCCUCCUGUGCGAGAAGAGGCAUCUGUGGGCACCAAGGUGCUGGGCUAAAUAGCUUGGGGACAGAGGGUUCUUGAAGCAAUUGUGUGGUUGGGGCCAGGAGGAGAACGCACCAUACAAAUGGCUGUAC